CAGGACUUUCCAGUAAGGCGUCUAGAACUUGCCACCAUGUCAUCGACGAAUCCCUCCAUGAACACCUCGUCGUCCAUGAAGCGGUAUGGAUCGAAGCUUCAUCAGAAACCCACGCCUGAAGAGGCGGUGGAGCGGCUCUCGCACUAUCACGCCGCUCACCACCACUUCCACCGGGCCAAGAGCGUGAUGCGUCGAUCCGGUCGGAUUUUGAUCGCCGGUGCUGGUUUCCUGGCAGACAGCUACGACAUUUUUGUGAUCAACCUCGCGCUUCAAAUGAUGCGGCAAAAUGACUACGGGGUACCUCUAACUCCCGAUAUCCAGUCGACGGUUUCAUUGAUGACGGUGGUGGGUGCCUUAACGGGACAGAUCUUGUUCGGUGUGUGCGGUGAUAUCAUCGGCCGAAAGUGGACGUUCAUCUCAACCGCCGCGCUUACCAUUAUCGGUACCAUCCUUCAAGCUGCCGCGCAGCCUCGAAUGAUGGGCUUGAAUAUUUGGCAACAGUUGAUGCUUUUCCGCUUCUUCAUGGGCGUGGGUGUGGGAGGAGAGUACCCCAUGGCUUCCACCGUGACGUCGGAGGGAUCCUCGGCGGCGCAUCGCGGUCGCAAUUUGGCCGCUGUGUUUUCUAUGCAAGGUGUCGGCCGUGUUUUGUGUGGAAUCGUCAUCCUUUUCUCGGUGCAUGUGAUCACGGACACCAACUGGCAAUGGCGCUUCUCGAUCCUCUUCGGAGCUAUUCCUAUGAUGGCAUGUUUCCGUUUCCGAUGGAUCCCGGAGUCGGAGACCUUUAUGGAAGACGUGGGCGAGAAGACGCCUCCCUCGGAGCGACUGUACGGGAUUAUGAUGGCGGUGUGGGACAACCGACUCAAAUUGUUGGGCACGGCAGGUGCCUGGUUUAUCCUCGACGUGGUGUUCUACGGCAACUCCUUGUUUUCGGCGGACGUGACAGAAGCGAUGGGUGGCGCGAACAAGACCCUUCAGGGCAACGCGUUGACCAACCUCUUCAUCCAACUCAUGGCCAUGCCCGGGUAUGUUUGCGGUGUGCUGUUCAUGGAAAGCAUCGGACGCAAGCGUUUGCAGAUGAUCGGUUUCACGGGCGAGAUGAUUAUUUUCGCCAUCAUGGCCAUCUUUUACCGAGAGCUCAAAGGCUUGACAGGCCUUUUCGUUUUCCUGUACGCCCUCACCUUCUUCUUCGAUGACUUUGGUCCCAACCUUACCACUUUCGUCAUUCCCGCCGAGAUUUUCCCCACCGCGGCCCGUGCCACCUGCCACGGACUCUCCGCUGCAUCCGGUAAAGCUGGAGCUGCCGUCGGCGGUGCCGCUUUUCUGAAGGUCACGAAUAUGUUCUGCCCCGGUGGCGUGUGCGGCGACGAUCACCAGCACCUGUUGGACAAGGGCGUGCGAGCCGUCUUCAUUAUUUGUAGCUGCAUCGCCUUUGUCGGUUUGCUGUGGACCAAGUUUUUGGUGGACGACACUCCGCACGAGUCUCUGGCAUACGUGGAGGAUGCUGAUGCCAUCGAGCCGGCACUGCCGGGGGAAGUCGAGGAGCUGGAGGAGGCCGUCGUGGAAGGGAUCGAGAUGGGGAAACUUCAAAAGCCUGAAGGCUAUGUGAUUCCUCCUCGCCAACCCUCCGCGUCGAACGGAGUGCAAGUUGCUUCGGGAACAAAGCAAUGAGAGUCUGGUUGGGUAGCGAUGGCUGGGGUAGGAGAUAUCCUGUCCAACGCGUACCGCCUCCGCAAGGAAUGAGAAUAUUCUCGUGCUGGUGGUAUGAGAUAUUAGCGGCGUGGUGGUUGGAAAACGGAGCAUGAUACCAAUAUCAGAGGAAAAGGAAACUGCUUUCUUGAUGAAAGAGUCCUUGAGGGUUUCUCGAUCUUCCUAGAUCCCGGCCGUGAUGAGCAUUAUCAGUCUUCCCCGCGCGAUAUUUAUGUAUGAUCGGUGCGACUACGUGUGCAUACAAUAUGAUAAGCAGGAUUACGACGUAUCAAGGUGAUAUGAGGGAAGGUAUAUGGAAGGAGUUAGGGGAAUGAGGACGUCGAAUCAGGUCUAUGAGCUGUCGAUGAGGGCAGGUGAGCGGAUCAGAAAUAGGAAGAAAUAAUGAUGGAUCUUUACAUUUACGUAGGUAAUUGGGGAGAGCGGGAGCUUGCGGUCAAUCGAAACGAAACAAAGUGAUGAACAACAUUCUCUUAUCUUA